AUUCAUUCAUUGUUGUAAAAUGUAAUAAUAAAUAAUAAUAAUACUGUAAUAGGUACCUUUAUUAUAUUAUUAUUAUUUAACGUUAAUAGUCGUUCGUUUUCUUACGUAAACUUACUCACGCGAAAAAACAAGUGAGAAAAUGUAAUGCAAUGAUCAUUAUUGCAAUUCGUAUAUAGCGUAUAUCCUGCCAUCGCCCAAUAUUUAUAUAUUUACAAUUGUGGUUCUCGCGGAAAACCACCUCCACCAUGAGUAACAAUCGUACAUCGUCUAAAGAAAAAGAUCCAGUGGUGUUGAGUUACGAAAAUUUUCUUCUACACGAAUCCGACGUCCGUCUGCUCGUCGACGACCAAUGGCUAAACGAUUCCGUUAUUGGUUUCUACAUGGAAUACCUAAACACCGAAGUGUUCAAGAAUAAUCCCAAAGUGUAUUUUAUUAGCCCGGAAAUAGUACAAUGCAUUAAAGAGUGUAAUGUUGAUGACAUUGCCGUAUUUCUUGAUCCACUGGUCAAAGACAAAAACUAUUCAUACAUUUUCUUCCCGCUAAACGACCAGGAACAAUUGCAAACUGUCGGUGGUACGCAUUGGUCACUGGUAGUGUAUGGAGCGCAAGACAGACGUCUCUUCCAUAUGGAUUCGAUAUUUGAUUCCAAUGAAAAACAAGCGAGAAAAUUGGCACUAAAACUGAAAUUCUAUUUUAAAGAUAUUGUAGAUAUCAUCACUCCGUUGGUGACCAGACAGCAACAGAAUAGUUAUGACUGUGGAAUACACCUGAUAUGUAAUGCAGAAAAUGUCGCACAAUAUGUCUGUGCAAAUUUAGACAUACGUGAAGUAGAUCCAGUGGAUGUGGAUGAUCUGCAAAAUAAACGUACUAAUUUAGUCGAUCUGAUUUAUAAACUAGCGAGAAGAAAAGAAAUUACCUAAGGAUCCACCAUGUUGAAAUAUUGUUCUAAUAUAUUAUUAUUAUUGAUGUAUA